CAAGAGCGAGAGUCGAACAAAGGAUCUGUUUUUUGUUUGUUGUGAACUACUUUCCCCAGAAAUUUCCCUCCCAAUCCCCCUAAAACAAAAAGCCCAAAGAGCUCAUAUAUAGCAAAAAAGCCUUGGCACGUGUCACCGUAUGAUUCGUCCAUUUUUUAUUUUGACUUUGAAGAGUGUGCCUUUGUGUUGUGGUCGGUUGGAUAAGAUAUGGUUAGACCAAAUUGGUCUAGAUCAGAUUGUUGGGCCGGGUUUUGGACCGAAUUGGUUGGCCGAGUUGGGCCUAUUGGGUUUAAGCCGAGUUGGGCUUAAUCAGAUCUGGGCUUGAAUUGACUGUAGUUCUCUUCUUUUGCAGGUCCCUACGUAUGGGCCCAAGUUAUGCACACCUUUGGAAUUUCGUUUACUACUUUUGUUGUAAUCACAUAGUCUUGUAUACUUGUAACAGUGAUUUAUUCGUCAAUCAAGGGCAUGUAUACGAUGUAAAGAGGUUAGACUAAAGAAAUGUAUCUCGAUCGAUCAAAACCCAACCUCGUUGCACUCAAAUUCCAAAUGUUAGAACCUCGAUUAGCCCUAAACAUUAUGUUAAUGAGUAUUUAUUGACUUGCAACUGCUAAUCUUAACCAAAUUAUUUCAAACUUCCUUUCCAAAUAUCAUUGUGAUGCUACAAUUAGCAUGGUUGCUCCGGACAAAAUGUGGUGUCUACACUAUAAACAAACCUAAAAUCUUAAAACAUGUCUUUUCAACAAUUACCUGGCCACUGAAUCUCGUGUAAGUACUUAUGUGUUUUGAUACUUUGAUUUUCAUACAUUGAUUAUUUUAUAUUUAUAGUUUAAUACUCAAAUUUGAAUGUCUAUAUAACUUAUAUGUAUAUGAUAACCCUAAAAUUGCAGCCCGAAUAUCAUUGCUUCAAAUAUUGCAUAUCGAAUUACAAUAUUAAAUAUAUAAAAGUGAUGUCAAAUUCUUAAAUUACUAUUAGUUUUUAGAACUACUAUGAAGCAAUUAUAUCUUUGUGCCAACUAUAUGAGACUGGUUCUUUUAACAUUUUAUUUAGGUCAACCGCUAUGUUUAAACCAGUUCCUAAUCUGGCAUGAUUGGAUCCAAAGAUCAUUAUACGAGAUUGAGUUUAGUAGGAUGGUUCACCAUUUUUUGGCGUGUUAAUGAAUUUGUAGGGAAAUGGCAUUUCUACAUCUACACUCAUCAAUAAUCACACUCUACACAAAACAUAAAGGUGAAAUGAGAAAUGUGGGAUCCCAUUUCAAUUAGUUGCAUAAAGAGCAAUUUUUAAAGGGGUAAAUUUAGAAGGCACCAGUGUGGCCGGUCUGUUGAGCAUGGAAGUAAAUACAUGUUUUGAUUUAAACGGGCCCAAACUGUGGUUGAACACACUAAUCGUGCACCCAUCGCAGCCUCACAAAAGCUUCCAUUAUACUCGCAAAGCAAACCUACUCUCUUCAUGUACCCAAUGUUCUCACUAAACCCUAAUCUCUAAAACCUAGGCCAAAGAUUCUAACUGGAAUGCACAGAGGGAGCAACCGACGGAUUGUAGCUACCCCCACUAUUAUGACAAAUCAAGAAGACCCUGUUUGUUCAGCUUUAUGGUGAUUCACUUAAUUAACACACUUAUCUCCUCAAUUGUAUUGUGUUAAUAAAGAUCUAAAGGCAACAAGUGCAACAGGUCCAGGGUAACAUAUAUGUAUAAAGUGUUGACCAGAUUGAAUUGGGUUGUUCUAUUUGUAAUAUGAAGUUUUUUUCUUAAUUGCUUUGGUUCGUGAUGCUGCUAUGUUUGAAGGUGACCGACGCAAACAACAAUACAUCUGUAGAGCUAUUCUGAACACAAGGUAGUUGGGGCAUUAACUGAUAAUGAUUUGGGGACUAUUCCAACAAGUACAAAAUUUGGAACAAGCCUUUAUCUUGCAUUGUUUAAUAGUGGUUUGAGAUUUUUAAAAUGAAUCUUUGAUUUUCAAAUGAAUCUUUGAAAAUUGAACCUUAGAAGUGGAAUAUUAAGAUUUUGGAUUAAGUUUGGUUUCGUAAUGCCGUUAUGGAUGUUUAUUCUCUACAAUGCAGCGUAUUUCAAAGUAACCUAUCUCAAAUUGUAGGUCAGGAUACAACGAUGGUACUGAUAUACAUUUAUAUCAUUAGCAGGAAGCAGAUUGUAUCCAUUCUACUAUAUCAUUUAGUUAAAUGCUCAGUUGCUGUUUUCAACUCAAAGUUGUGCUUAAAAGUUGUGAUUGGCCUGAGAAAUGUAUGUCUUUGCAUUAGCCCUUAAUGAUGGUAAAUUUUGGUUUAAUGGUGAAAGUCCAUUUAUUUAGAAGUAAUCCAAUAUUUGAAUUUCAUUUUGAAGUUUGAAUUGGACAAACCUAUUGGAAAAAUAGGCAUGCCAUACAUUAGUGUCGAGGAGGGUUGUUUGAUUUCUUAGGGUUUUGGAUUUUCUAUAGGGUUAUUUGCUAUGACAAAGAGUCCCUAAAGCUAGCAAGGUAUUCCUAUACAAGCUUUUCCAUUGUUUGACUGUUUCUCACCUUUUUCUGUAUCUCUUUUCCUAUUUUGCCUUUUGUGUGCUACCUUCAGCUGUUGGGUCUUCAUUUGUGAGCCAUCUAUACUUUUUUUAAUAGCGCCUAAAAAUCAUUUAAACUCAAUUAGAUAGUAGUUACUAAGAGGUAGGUUUAAACCAUAAGUUUUAUCAGUUGUUCGUUUCAAUAUUUACUUACAAUGGUUGUUUAUGUAGAUUAGUUGUAUAAGUGGGGGUUGAGAUUGAUAAUUCUCAGAAGCAUCAAUAUUCGAAGGCUAUUAUAAUGACCAAAUCUUAAAGUUAUGGUUUGCCUUCAACUUGCUUGGAGCAUUUAAGAUAUGAUUCAAUUGUUCUCUAUGUGUAGUUGAUUUUAGUUGCAUUUAGGGAUCGACUGGCUUAUUCAAAGUUGUUAGUUCAAUUGUUGGUUCGGAGGUCAUCAGGGUUCUGCCCUCUGACUGCUCAUACAUAAGUGGGUUAGAGUAACUCCAUGUGAGUUAAAUAUUAUUAUUCUUUCGAAAGUUUUUUUUUUUUUUUGCUUAGAAAUAAUAUGGACAUUAUAUCCUCUGAAACAAUGCAUAGUUUGAUCACUUGAUUACUAUGCAAGUGGAGUUGAUCUAUCUGAUUGACAUUCAUAUAGUUUACUGGUAUGGAGCUGCUCCUCUUUUUAAGCACAAAUAUGCAUAGGCGGGUAUUUUAAGAAACCCUCCUUCCUCGAGCUGAUCUCUUUCGAUCAACUACAAGUGUUUUUGUUAUUUUUUUAGUUUUCCUUCUUGAAUGUAUAUGCUAAUGUUGCUUUUCUUAACUGCAAACUUUUGAGGGUUCAAGGAGAAAAUUGAAAUAUCAUCAACCUUUAACUUAUAUCAUAUCAAUGCCGAAAUAUCAUGAACCUUUAACUUAUAUCAUAUCAAUGCCUAAUAUUUUGGCAGUUAAUUUUUGAAUGCUUCAACUUUCACCACAAGACGUUGGUGUCUUUUGCAUGAUGUUAAUUCCAAGAAUGAGAAAUUUUUCAGUUCUCUUUUGGGUUUGAAAAUAUUUUUUCUACUGAUUCCUAUGGCGUGGGUUGUGCAUAGAGAUUUUUAAGUAUGCAUGCAACAUUUUCUUACCGAGUUGUGGAUAUUUUGGCUUAUUUUUCUAGUCAACUUAGGUACCUACAUUCAUUGGAACUGGCGUGGAUCUAGAGAACAAUGGAUGUCAUUUAUGUUGUUAUGAAUAUAUCCUUUACGUAGUAUUUAUAUAGUUCCAUUACUAAAUAUUUAGAUUAGAGAAUAGAGAAGUGAAAGCUUGAGACAGUUGAUAAAAUUCUUUAUUUGGAUGUUGUAAUGAUUAAAGUUUUUUUUUAUCUUUAUGACAUUGCAAUUCUUUAUUUGUUAUGAAAAUGUUUAUUUGAAUGAUGACAAUGUCAUGGGUAUUUUUUACCAUUCUCACCCACUUAAUCUCUUACCACAGGCUAUUAUCCAGAGUAUUUAUUCCCUUUCCCAAUCUUUGACCAAUCUUAGAUCCCCAUCUAGGCCAUAACUAAUGGAAGUACUGACAACAUUAAUGCUGAUGUUAUUAUUACCAAAUAUUAUUGUAUGCGUUUGACACAUCUUCCAAUCACUUCAAAAGAAAACAUGAUGCCAUACCACCAUCCCUCCACAACGUUCCUCAGUUUUAUUGUCAUUCUCUUUUUCUUGCGAAUGCAGACCAUGGUGGGAAGAUGAACAAACCAUAAGGACAUAGAUAGUAUGUUUUCUUCUUUUUAAGUGUAUUUCAUGCCUAUUGAAAACAUGCUACAUUUGGAUUCUCACCAACAUUUAAGUCUUCAUCUCAAUUUGGAUAAAUAAAUUUUUAUUUCUUUUGACUUUCAAACUUUAAUUUUUUUUCUAAUUACUUUUUGCCACUGUUAGGGGUUUGCCUACUCUUGGAAAUCUCUUAUCAAAAUAGAAUUGAAGUAUUGUACUCGCUUGUCUGGUAGAUACAAUGAAGACUUGCUGGAUGUUCAGUUUAAUUAACUCGAAGUAGGUCUUAUUUUUGCAGUCUUCUUUGCUAUCCUAAAUACUGAAACAAAUUCACGUUACUUAUUCUCUAUUCUGUUAUCAACUAAUGACAAGUGACUAAUGAGAUGUUGUCCUCCACAAUAUUCAUGAGCCAAAAACAUUAUUACGUCCAUACCUAUAAUCCAAUAUUUGGCUAAGCAACCUCCGACUAACGGGUCGGGUUAUAAGCUAGUAUUAUAUAGGUGGAGAGCAUUGGGUGGUUGCACCACAAAUACAUCCAAAUUCAUGCCUACCCAUUAUGUUGUGGUUGGUUCUUACGAGUGGGUAUCAAUUGUAAAAUAGGCGACCCACGAUAAAUUGGGUGGAUGUGGGUGGACUGUGAUUGAUUCACGAUUCAUCGAACUUUUUUUAUUUCCAACUUUUCUCUAACUUAUAGCUUUACCUAAACCAAAAUUCUAAAAGAAACCAACAAAAUCCGUCCAAUUUCGAGAAAAAGAUAUUCUCAAAUUUCUAAUUAUCCUUUAUUUCUAAUGUUGAAUGAAUAUCUUUUCAAAGUGAUUUUUUAUUGAGGAUAAUUGUAAAGUAAAUUGAUUUUUGUGGCUAAAUAUCUAUAUUUUAUGUUCAUUUCCUUCUAUAUUACUUGUUAACUUUUAUUGUUUAUAUCCUAAUUUGGCUUAUUCUAGUUUUCAUUUCAAGAGUGUUUAGUGAGUGAUUUUGUGUGAAGACUUGGACAGUUAGCUAGAACUAUUUUGAAAGUCCAACUUCUUUUUUAUUUUAUUAAUAUUAGAUUUAGACUAUAUUUAUCAGUUGCAUAUUUAUGUGAUUUGUAAAUAAUUACUUAUACUAAUAUUGUAAGCAAAAUGAUGCACUUGUUUAUGGAUUAGAAGAGUUUAUUUAUUUUGGAGAUUUUUCUGUCUUAUAUCUAGAAUAAUAUUAAUUAUGUAACAUUUUGGUAUGUUGUGAACCCAUUGAAUCCAUCCAUCAUCCGAAAUCAUCAAACCCAAUACACCCACAGGCCACACAUACAUGUAUGAGUGAGUGUGUAUUUUUCUCUUUCAUCUAUCAUGUAGUGGGUCGUUCCAACCCCGCUAAAUUCGUAUAAAUCCACUCAUUACUCACUCUAAUAUUAGAAUAUUAACUAUUGUAAUGAUAUUUUUGAACUCUAACAACGUCACUGAGUUGAUUGGAAGAUGUAAUAAAAUAUGAUAACCUACUUUGUUCGAAGCUUAAUAAACAUCUCCGCUGUAGCAAUCUGGCAAUUUCUAUAGCUUGAAAUCUGGCUUCAAACGACGGAAUUCUUUUUUAUUUUUACAUCUAAUUCUUAUUUUUUUUUUCAGCACUAUAUUUCUAAGCGUUCAAGGCCCAAACUGGGAACCAAUUCUACUAUGCUUCCGCCCACCAACCGAUCAAUGCCCCAUAUGGAGUAUUCAAAACAAAAAUCGAAAAAUUAAAACAUUUAACGACAAAAGUAGACGAUUUGUAUUCAGAUUAUAUAUCUGUUGAAAAGUAAAAAGUGGUUCACAUUUGUUCAAAUCAUAUAUUGGUGGAUUAUUUUUAUGAUCACCAUCGCCAUUGACAAACCUCUUGCCCAAGGUAAGAGUCAAUUUUAUGUGUCCAUUUUGAUUAUUAUUGAUUAAAUAUAGUUGCCCAUUUACUCAUUACCGUAGUUCUUGAGAGAUGGAGGUGACUAGAGGUGGGUGUGGUUAACCGCUCACAUGAUAUAAGCGUGUAAGCAAAAUGCUCGUCAAAGCCGGGUCGAACUCGCUUUAACCGGAUUGACAUUAUGUCAAAUACUGAGCGUGUAAGCAAAAACUCUAUAAGUUGAUUUAAGCGUGUAAGCAAAAACUCUAUCCAUUGAUUUAAGCGUGUAAGCAAAAACCUCGUCAAUGUUGUGUGGAGCUCGCUUUAACCGGGUCAACAUUUGGUCAAAUACCCAUUUAUUUAAGCAUGUAAUAAAAAAUCGUCAACGUCGGAUCGAACUUGCUGUAACAUGGUCGACAUUAGCUCAAAUACCCAUUUGACGGGUUCAACUUGCUUAAAUCGGGUAAAAGCAAGUUAAGCGUGUAAGCAAAACCUCGCUUUAACCGGGUCGAAAUUAGGUCAAAUACCCAUUGAUUUAAGCAGGCAAAACUUAUUGGUGAGCCAAAAUUUAUCAACACCGGGUUCAACUUGCUUUAGUUGAGUCGAAUUAGAUCGAAUACCCAUUGAUUUUGGUUCAAUCUCGCUCAAGUAUCAUUAGUUAAUUAAUUGGAACCUUAAUAGAACCUUAAAAUUGAUUUAUGCGGGCAAAAUUUAUUGGUGAGCCAAAAUUCGUCAACACCGAGUUCAACUUGAUUCGAAUUAGGUCAAAUGCCCAUUGAUAUUAUUAGUUAAUUAAUUGGAACCUUAAUAGAACAUUUAAUGUAAAAAAAACCUUCAAACUUUAAUAUUUAAUUAAUUAGAGCCUUAAUAGAACCCUCAAAUUAUUUAAGCGAGCAAAACUCAUUGGUGAGGCAAAAUUUGUCAACACCGCGUUCAACUUGCUUUAGCCGAUUCGAAUUAAGUCGAAUACCCACUGAUUUUGGUUCAAUCUCCACUCAAGUAUCAUUAGAUAAUUAAUUGAAACCUUAACAGAACCUUCAAUUUGAACUUAGUUGUCACAAACUAAUUAAUUAGAUCACUAGUGUAAAAAAACCCUUUAAAAUUUGGUCAAUUACAAAAGACCACCUCUGGUGAUAGAACACUAUGCAAUAGUAACCUUCUCCUGGUUGUGUUAUAGAUGUAAUUAUAAUUAUAAUAAUAAUAAUAAUAAUAAUAAUAAUAAUAAUAAUUUUUGGGAAUUGGAACUCUAUCGAAAAAGCUAAACAAUACUAAAAGGGCUCGUUUGCUUCAUGGAUUUGAAAAAUGAAGGUUUUGGUUAAAACCUUGAUUUUACAAACUGAACUUCUAUUCGUCUCCCUAAGUUUUCAAAUAAAUCGCCCUAAAUUUAUUUAAUGGACAAUUUUGCCCCCAACUUAAAAAAGGUAAACCCUAACCUAAACUCACCCCAUUGUUUUACUCGGCCCACUCCCGCAGCAGGCAGCAACCCGCCUCCCCCUUCUUUCCAUUUCAAACGUAGAGAGCAGCAACGCCGCCGCCGUUCACUCUCCCCAGCAACGCCGCUGCCUUUCAAACUCCCGAGCAACGCCGCCGACCGCCCAGAAUCUCCGAUAAUCCAAUCCGAAGAUUCACGCCGCCGCUACCGUUCUCAAUCCGAAGAUCCACGCCGCCAACCACUGCUCCGAUGACCCAACGAAGCCUCCGCUGACACCUCCUAAUCUCUGCGUCAUUCCUCUGCUCGCCAUUGUCGUCGUCGCUGGGAGAAGGUGAGUCGCCCUGUUUGACGUUCUUUCCACUUUUUUAUUAUUAUUUUCGUGAAUGUGAAUGGGGCGGGUUGAAAAGACCUGUCUUUUGCCCGCUGGCAACAGGUUUUCAACCCGCCCGUCGUCGUCAAGAGAUAGUGGUUUCCCGGGCCCGGAUCUGGGGUGAGGCGGGCAGGGUAUCCGCCUGCAUCGGGCGGUGGCUGGGUCGCCAACCCGCCCCGACCCGGUCCAAACGAGUACCCUACCCGCCCGUCCCGGUUCAGUCUGGUUUUCCAACCUGCCCGGUUCUGUUCUGCCCAGUUUUUAUUAUUAUGAAUUAUUAAUUUAAAUGCAUAGGUUUAUGAAUUGUUAAUUUUAAUUAAUAAUAAUUGUGAAUGAUUAUUUAUGCAUCUAACAUACAUUAGAAUGUGAAUUGAAAUCACUAAUAUGAUUUGAAUUGUUAAUUAUAAUUAGCAUGAUGUUUUAUUAUUUUGACAAUAUAAGUAGUAUUCAAUUGAUAAAGUUUAUGAUUGUUAAUGAUUAUUAGGAAUAGUUAAAAAGUUUAGGAUGAUUAAUAAUAAUUCUGGAAAAAAUUUAUUUUCUUGAUAGUUGGUAAAAAUGAACGAAAGAAAAGGAAAGUCGAGGGUUUUCGGACGCAAUGUUACUGGAUCUGAGCGGAGAAACAUCAGGAGGAGAACGAUAAAGCUCUUGAGCUGGAGCGUCAGGAGAAGCUUGCUCGUCAAGCUGUAGUUGAUCCUGCCCCCUCUAGCCAUGAUUCUCGGCAGAUGCGAGUCAUCAACACAUAUGAUGACUUGGUGGAGGAUGCCACGAGCAGUGAUGAGGAGGGUGAUUUGUUGCCGUUUCCUGAUGCUUUUUACCAGGGCCAUCCUGUGGGUUCGAGCGAUCACGUGUCUACUGGCUCGACCCAUGUUAGUACUCGGCUUGGGCCGCUACGUGGUAAGGAUGGGCGUUUUGCUUCAUCAUCUAGUGGGAGCGUCCCUUCACAGAAGAAGUUGGUGGAUCAGACAUGGCUGCUUACAGGAGCAGGUCCCGGGGGUCGAGUGACCACAGUUUGAUCCCUAGUUUCGUUGGUCACAUAAGCCAUCGUUUGUGGACUUUGGGUUUGGAUUUUCGAGUGAUGUCUGAGAAUAAGUUCUACACUCGGCAGGGUGGAGUGGAUCGACUAAGGUUGUAAAAGUUCUCGACUCCACGUGUAGAGAACUUGGUUAGGGCAUCUAAUUUGUACCACUUGAGUAGUUGCAUGAUGCAUAGUGUGGAUUACCCUCUCUUGGAGGCGUUUAUUGAGAGGUGGCAGCCGGAUACCAACACGUUUCACAUGCCGUUCGGGGAGAUGACGAUCACUCUUCACGAUGUUUCAUUCCUGCUCUAGAUUCCAGUGGAUGGAGAGUUACUUGCUGCACCAGCUAAGGGUGAUCCGUCGUUCGUGAGUGGGGUUGUUGAUCUUCUUGGGAUUCCAGAUAAGAAUGCAGUGGCAGCGCGUGGCAUCCGUUGGUAUGACGGUGGUGGGAUGUUGGUAGAUGAGGCCAUGAGACGUCUACAUGCUAGGGAGGGUGGGGAUGCUGAGGCACGAUGCUAUUUAAUGUGUUUGAUAGGGUCCACGCUUUUUGUGGAUAAGAGUUCUGAUCGUGUUCGUGGAUGGUUGUACUCUUACUUCAGAGAUUUGCAUAUGGUUAGUAAGUAUGCAUGGGGUGCUGGUGCGCUUGCAUGGAUGUAUAGGCAGCUUGGGAGAUCUAGUCGAGCAGGAUCUAAAGGAUUUUCUGGGUGCUUGACCUUGUUAUAGGCUUGGAUCUAUGAGUAUUUUCCAUCGUUGCGCAUUAGCAGAGCUGCACCACAGACCGUGACACAGGGAGACCCAUUGGCUAGGAGGUGGGAGGGUCUCGUUCAUGGAGGGGGGCCUAGUGAGGUUCCACGAUGGCUGGAUCAUUAUCGUCGACUGUUGGAUGGCUUUAUAGCGGACCACGUGGAUUGGCUUCCUUUUGGUGCCCACCCUGGUCAUGCGGUACCUAGAUCUUUGUAUCGGGGGGUGAUACAUAUCUAUGAUGUGACUGAGGCCUACAUCUCUCACGCACUCUCCGUCAGUUUGGGUAUAGACAGGUGAUCCCUGAUCCUCCUAUUCGACCAUCUCGUGUCAGUCGACCUGCUGUAGGGACCUAUAAGGUCGUUUUUGGGGCCGACCUCGAUCAGCUUUGGAGGUCUCGUGGUCAGCUGAUCAAUUUCGAUGCCUACUCUACACCUUUUGAUGACACAUGAUCCGUUGACCCAGAGUACCUUAAGUGGUACACUUUGCGCACUCACCCAUGCAUUGUCCCCCCCAGAUAUGGUGAGCAGUAGGAGGUGGCGUUGUUGACGUAUGAGAUGGUUAGUUUCUAUGUUUUUCCCCUAUUGGUAAAUUUUAUUUCUAACAUUUUAUACUACUGUGGUAUGAUAUACUAACACUAAAUUUUAUUUCGUGGA